AUGGGAACUACGCCCGCCAGCCGAACCACAGAGCCCGUGCCCCCUGAAAGCGUGAAACCCCAGCUGGGUGCUCCACGCGACACCAGCAGCAGGGGGACCACACACAGACAGGGCUGCAGCAAACCCACACAGGGGCCCCCAGUGACCCUGGACUUGGCCAGUCCGCUCACUUCAGCCAAACGGGACAGUGCAGAGGGCACUUGCUCCCUCUUGCUCUUCUCGGGGACCCUGGGACCUCCCAGUGACCAGGCCAGGCUGGCCUGCCGGGGGGGUGGUGAGAAAUGGAUGAUGCAGUUACCGCCCACCCCCAGCCAAGAGCUAGCCCACCCUAGAGACGCGCGGGAGGAGGCGCACCGCGGUCCAGCAGCCUCCGAAUUCCGGCGGCGAGGUCCACCCCGUCCCCGGCACCUUCCGAACACUGGGGCCAGGUCCACCUCGGCCCCCCACCCUCCGAUCAGAGGCGGCAAGACCCUCCACCAGGAUCAUACCUGCUCGCAAAAUCCAGUGGCCCCAACUCAGGCGGCGAGUGCGCGGUCGCGGUCUCCAGGCGCCCCCGGCGCUCCGGACACCUUGCGGAGGCGCCAGGGCCACGGCGCUGCGCGGACGGAGCUGCCCGGCAGCCGGGGAGGGAUGCCCGGGCGAAAGUUGCCAGGGAAACUUGAGCAACUCGAGCGCGCCAGUGCCAGCCUCCUGCAUAAUUCACGGGCGGCGGAGCAAGGGGGGCCACUCACCUGCCUCAGUCGGGCCCCCCAACCCGGCUGGGGCUCGCGGCGGGCAGAGGCCAGGCAUCUGGCGGGGGCUCGGCUCGACCCCAGGGGCCCCGGGGUCCAUCCACGACUCCCGGGCCUGCGCCAGGUGCACCGGCCCCGGCCUCGCCGAGCCCGCUGCUCCAGCCGCGCGCACCUGGAUGGGGGCUCUGGGAGCCGGUGCGGGGCCGGGGUAGCCGACGCAGGGUCUCCGGGGACCUUGCGACCGCGACACGGGUCCCCGCCCCCCGCGCGCCCUCUGGCGGCCCCGUGCCAGUUCCACCGCCAGGCAUGCGGGCCCAGGUACCCGCGCCAGUGGGCGGCGACCUAA